UUGUGCCGCCGUUACGAACAUGUGGUUUUGACACUUCGUCUUCGCAUUGUUGCUGACCCGUUAUUUGUGCGCUUUUGAGCGUUUUUGGCCGAGACCGGUGCAAAAACUGAACCAAAGGUGGAGAUGUGUCAUCAGAACAAAAGGUUUUAGGCAAUUUACGCGACCCUAACAUAAUCUCACGCGUUCAAAGUUCUAUUUCUGGAUAAUACUUGAAAAUUAGUCUAAACCGGAGCGACGAGUUUUUAUUAAGUAGUCAAAAUUCAAAAAUUGCAAUCCAUUCUAAAUAAGAUAGGAUAUGUUUACACUUUACAAACUUUUUAAAUGUUUGAAUGUGUUAUGAUGUCAAAUCGAAUUGUUUUCAAGUUCAAAAUUUGCAUUUAGGUUUAUUGUAUCGAAAAUUACAUAAUUGAAACCCAAGUGGGAGUCUCAAUAACCUUUGAACGUUUCAAAGUGUUUUAUUUUUGUUGGUCGCGUUCAUUCGCGGUGAAUCAAGCGGUUUUAGUGGCAGCUGAGAAUGAAUGAAUAUAAAUAACAUAACCUAAGAUUCGGUCGAUUUAGUUUGCACUUCCAAGUGAAUAAAAUCGAAAAACUAACAUAAACUACCACUGUAAUAAAACGAAAUCCUUGCGAUAAUGUACGAUAAAGACUUUAAAGUGAAACUAAUCAGUUCUAAAAACAGUUUUGUCUUCCUCUCUGAACAUGAUAGUAGACAAAUUGACCAUGAACAUAUGAUUAGGCUAUCUUAUGGCCUCAACAAGAGGGCCUUCUUCUCGUUGGGUACAUCUCUAGGAUCACUCAAAGAAGGUGAGCUUGCAAUGGGUUCAUAUUUGGCCAAAGAACUAGGCAUCAUCAAAAGUGACAUUGUAAGCUUGUCUACAACUCCAUAUAUUGCAAGUAUUCGCCGACUGAAAUUGCUCACUUCAUCUGAAGAUGACUAUUCAAUGCUGGGGUUACUUGCCGAAACUGUCCAGAGCACAUUACUGAAUCAAGUCAAGAUUGUCCACAACCAGCAGAAGUUGGUGAUUUGGAUUUCGAACUCGCUACAUGUAACCGUCGUUGUAGACGGCGUCGAACCAAUUUCCCCCGGAAAAUUAGAAAUGCUCACCGAAGUGGCGAUACUGCCGCCGCCGCAGAGCGAGCCGACGCGCAAAUUCGCGCCGCCGUCGAAACGCCCGAGCGUGUCCGGCGCACAAAACGCCAGCAUAAUGAACGCUUACAAUCAGACACAAUGCGCGCUUCGAUUGCAGCCCGCGGAGCAACUGCCGGCGUCGUCGUCGAUCGCCGAUAAAAACGCAUUCAUCGCACAACCCUUUAGCGGGCUCUUAUCUCGCCGCAAUUUCGAACGCCUCGCGGGCGCUUAUCACCGCGACGAGGUCGUACUCGUCACGCUGCGCAUCAUAUCACCGCCCGCCGACGUUAAAGACCUGCUCGACGAGCACCACCCACCCAUCGACAGCGUCAUCGUUCGAUUAUUUUGCAUUGAGGGUGAAAAUAAUCAAGAACAACAAACAUCGCCGUCAAGCACCGGCAACGAGACCGAUGUUGAUGUUUUCAACUUUUUAUAUGUCAAUCAGUUACUGUUUGAGCAUUUUCGUACGAUUCCUGGAGCGAAAGUAUUGGCAACGAGCUUGCAACCAACAGUUUUCAUUCCCAAAAUGAUUGAAAUUGUUACCACAAACAGUUUUUUCAACAAGGCUGAUGAAUUGGUCCGUAACUACUUGUGUACAUAUAUCCAAGAUGGCGGACACAUGUUAUUAAACUCAGGGGUUGUUAUGGAAGAACCAGCGGAGAAAUGUCGCUUCCAGUUGAAAUUCACUCCUGCAAAUGAGAAAUACUUAGUUGUUAAUCAAAAGUUAAUGAGGGAAUGCACAUUUAAACUGUUUGAGGGUGAAUUGGUCGAUGGAAAGUCUCAAAAUAAUAAUCAUGAGUCCCCAAGGGUGGAUUUAUGUUUAAAUGCGUCUAAUUAUCAACACUUAGUUGACAAUAUCGUUAAAUAUUGUCGAAGAAAAAAUUCAAGUGUUAUUCUAACAGGAAAGGCAGGAAGCGGUAAAACAAGUUUAACUAACAAAAUAUCUGAAGUAUUGAAGGCGGCACUUUCACAUUAUUAUGUUGAAAAUGUAGCCUGCAGAAAAUUAAAAGGGAAAAAUAUUGAGUCUAUGUUGAAAACAUUAAAUUCUAUGUUUUUGAGGUUGAUUUACUAUCAACCUUCUAUUUUAAUACUGGAUGACUUACAUGUUAUUUGUGAGAAGGUGAUUGAAGGUGAACAACCCACACAAGAAAAUUUACACUUUAAUAAAGUUAGUGAAAUGUUAUCAGAAGAAUUAGAACACUUAGUGCAACGUAAUAACAUUUCUCUUGUGGUGACAUGUGAAUCAAUGUCCAAAUUAAAUAAAAACAUUUACAGCUCAAGAGGACGGCACUUGUUUAAACAUUGUUUCAGUAUUAACGACCUAAGCAGUGAUGAUAGAAUCAAUGUCUUAAAGUAUUUAUUUAAAAAGAAAGAGGUGAACUGUGAACGAAUCAAUUUCAAUCAAUUGGCUAUCAAAACCGAAGGAUAUCUUAUUCAAGACCUGCUUGAUUUAGUGGAUAAAAUUAUUUUUGAGGUUUAUAAAAGUACAAAUAAUCUAAAGAAGGCUGAGGAGUUAAAAGUUACAGAUGGACAUUGUGAAGCAGCGUUGAGUAACGCAUCCACGUUGUCUUUAAGAGAUGUUCAGUUACAUUCGCCUGGUGAGAGAGAUUUCGCUGAUAUUGGAGGUUUGGAUGAUGUUAAAAAGAUUCUGGUAGAAACUAUGUUGUGGCCAGCCCAGUACGCUAAUAUCUUUUCACACUCACCGCUUCGAUUACAAUCCGGUGUGCUGUUAUAUGGUCCACCUGGAACAGGAAAAACUAUUCUAGCAGGCGCUGCAGCAAAGCAGUGCAAUUUGCGGUUAAUUUCAGUUAAAGGACCAGAAUUACUGUCGAAGUAUAUCGGGGCAAGUGAGCAGGCUGUCAGGGAUGUCUUUCAAAAAGCACAAAGUGCAAGACCUUGUAUUUUGUUCUUUGAUGAAUUUGAUAGUUUGGCACCAAGACGUGGACAUGACAACACCGGUGUAACCGAUCGGGUAGUUAAUCAAUUUUUGACACAGUUAGAUGGUGUUGAAUCUUUGAACGGCGUUUGUGUCUUAGCUGCAACGUCACGUCCGGAUUUAUUAGAUCCUGCUUUGUUACGACCCGGUAGAUUGGAUAGACAAAUGUUAUGCCCAAUGCCGGAUAAACAAUCAAGACUGGCAAUUUUAAAGUCUUUAUCUAAAAAACUAAACUUGUCAAAUGAUAUUAAACUGGAGAAAAUUGUGGAAAAAACGGAAGGGUUUUCUGGAGCUGAUUUACAAGCGGUUUUAUAUACAGCACAAUUGAAUUCAGUUGAACAUUUACUUCAAGAUUCAUCAACAAAAGAUCAUCUGAAGACUGAAACACAAUUGAUAACGCAGGAGCAUUUAGAGGACGCGCUGCGCAGUACGCGGCCGUCGCUAACAAGGGAGGAACGAGCUAAAUACGAACGCAUUUAUCAAAAGUUUCAAGGUAAAAGCGACAUUUUAGAUUCUUUGAUGUCAGGUAAGCAGAAAGCUACACUUGCUUAGAUGGUUAAUUGUUAUAAGGUUAAUGUUUUUAAAUAAAUGAACGGUGUUUUUAUCUUUAAAA